CUCACCUCUAGAAAAAAGAGCGACAAUCAACAGCACAAAAAUACAAAUAUACCUACCAAACCCCAUCUACCGACCUCGAUUUUGUCGCAUGUAGAAGAACCGCGCAAACCAAUGGCAGAAUUACAGCGAAGAAUCGAAUUACAAUCAAUAGAAGACCUCCAAUACCUAGCAGCCAACAUCCGACGCGGCGCAAAUGAGAAGAUAGACCAGGCUUUGCCUCCCAUGGAAGGCGAAGGCGAGGAUGCCAUAAGGAAGAGGGUGGAGGAGGAUGUGCAUGCCGUUUGUCCCCCCUCACUUCUCGCGAUAGGAAUGUAUUGCGAAUGCGCCAGCUAAUGUUGGGCGGGAUAGUAUAUCAACCAAGUCUUCCAAGUCAUAUCUCCAAAUAUUACGAUUAAUGGUCUACCUCCGUCGCCGAUGCUUAUCCAGCAGGUUCUUUCGAAUACCGUGUCUUCGAGCUCGGGAGUGAUUGAGGAACAUGAGCCGUUUAGUCAUAGGCUCUUCUCGAAGGCGAAGGAUAAUGCGAGGCAGGAGGAGGAUCUUAUUGAGGAAAUUGCUGCAUUGCGGAGGAAGGUUCCGGGUGUGGUGGUGGAAAAAAAUAAAAAGAGAUUUAAGGAGGAAAGUGAGGCAGAUGACGAGGCUCUGAGGGCAGUUGGGGAGAGGAUGAAGGAGGAGAAGGAGGGUAAUGUUUUGGGGGUUGGACGGUUGGAAAGACAGGAAGGUGUGGAGGCAGGUUGGGAGAUGGGCAUAAAGGGAUUGCAGAGGACGAUGAAGACUAUGCCAGAGAUGGUGGCGAGGAGUGAGAGAGCAAGGAAGGCUGAGGAGUACGUCAAUGGGAUGCAUGGGAAAUAGUGAGGAUGUUGAAAUUGGUCGUACAUAUCAUCUCUUUUCGGAGUAGCGGUCGGGAGGUUCCAUGGAUGAGUUUCCAAUGUUUAGGAUAUGGCGUUCUGGUCGCAUGUUUAUAGGAAGGUUUUGAGAUACCAUGGCGAAGAACACAGCAAGGUCGAAGAAUUUGAACUUAUAUUGACACGCUCCGCU